UGAAAUUAAAGCUGAGUCCGGCAAAGACAAAUGAGAUGUUUAUUAACGUCUUGUUUGCUGAGCCGUCCGCUCAAGGGCUCAAUUCUUGUGAUCUCAUGGGACAAAAUUAUUUCAUACGCAAACUGACACCGCUUCCUAUAGUAAAGCCGGGAUCAUAUGAUUAAGCUUUUAAAACCGAAUAUUGAUGAGAUAUUCAGACUGUUAAAUAAGUGUCCAGUCAUGUAUCUGAUAUCUUCAUAUAUUCAUUCUUCCCAUUCCCAUUUACCAAUCCCGUCUCCUUCCCAUAAAGCAUCAUGUCAACUCUUUUAGACUUCCUCUUUGUCACGGCAUUUGCUUAUUUCAUGCUUCUGCAACCGGGGCGAGCAGUACCUGUGCAAGUUGCAUCUAUUGCAAUGCCCCAAACAAUCCAAAACACAGCAUUUUCUCAUAACAUGCAAAUGGCACACUUUGAUAAACAAAAGCGUGCGAUCACCAAGAAUCAAAUCAUUUAUCCAUUCAAACAAGUAGCAAACAAAGCUCAACGAUUUCGUUUUGCAACAAAGGAAAAGUACUUUGAGCUAAGAUCUGGUAUGAAAUUUGCUCUUGGUUGGCAUGAAGAAGGACGUAUGUUUCAAGCCAAAGCUGAUGAAGUAGCAGAAAAAUACAAUAAUUUGUACGAAGUGGCUAGAAAACGAAGAGAAGAUCUGAUCGAAGAGAAACAGAAGGCAAACAACAAAAAAAGAAAAACAUAAAAAGAUAGAACUGC